GCUUUAACUGGUUGUUCUAUCUAAACGAACCGUUCUAAAGAAUCGAUUCGCGGAAAUGAUUCGGACCACCUAACUCCUCAGGUGUGUGUUUGUGCCUCCCUCACAUUCUCCACCUGCUGCUGCAUCCGGGAGCACAGUGACUGCAGAUCCAGCUGCUGUAAUCUUGCCCAGGAGGGAGCAUGAGUCAUCAAGUUCAAGAGUUAUUCCAUGAAGAUGUACAGGGUUCCCAGAGUAAUGCUCAGCCUUGGUGGAAGGUGCAGCUCUUCGUCUGGGAACCUGUUCUUUUUGGCACCUGGGAUGGAGUCUUUACUACCUGCAUGAUCAACAUUUUUGGGGUGGUGCUCUUUUUACGGACUGGCUGGCUUGUGGGUAACACAGGUGUGUUGCUGGGCAUGCUUCUGGUAUCCAUGGUGGUAUUAGUAGCCUUGGUUACGGUGAUGUCAGGCAUUGGCGUGUGUGAGUGUUGCAGCGUGGGUAAUGGUGGGGUCUACUCCAUGAUCUCCACUGCGCUCGGAGGAAGGGUUGGAGGAACUGUGGGACUCUUAUAUGUGUUUGGACAGUGUGUGGCUGGAGCGAUGUACAUCACUGGUUUUGCCGAGUCCAUUGCGCAGGUGCUGAAUUUACAGAGCAUGUGGGUGGUGAGGGGCAUCUCUGUGGCCGUUCUGAUUGGUCUGCUCGGGAUUAACCUGGCCGGGGUUAAAUGGAUUGUACGCCUUCAAUUGGUUCUGCUGGGCAUAUUGGCUAUGUCCACUCUGGAUUUCGUCAUCGGGACAUUUAGUCAUCUAGACCCAGCUCUCUCUCUUUGUAGCCAAGAAACUGUGACUUGGAAGGGUAGGAACAGGCACGGAGCUCUGAUAUGUACGUCUUUCUGUUCUUCAGGUUUUGAAUGGCCCCUUGUCUCCAGUCUUGUUUUCACAGUAACUCUGUGUGUGUGUGUGUGUGUGUGUGUAGGUGUGAUGGCGGGAUUCAACAUGAGCUCUGAUCUCCAGAGGCCCGAGCACAACAUCCCCGUGGGAACUCUCGCCGCAGUCUGCAUCUCGUGGUUCCUGUAUCUCGUCUUUGUGUUCUUACUGGGAGCCAUUUGCACCAGAGAUGCACUGCGCUAUGAUUUCUUAAUAGCGGAAAAGGUCUCCUUGGUUGGUUUCCUGUUUUUGCUGGGCCUCUACAUCUCCUCCCUGGCCUCCUGCAUGGGCGGCCUGUACGGUGCACCCAGGAUCCUCCAGUGUAUCGCCCAGGAGAGAGUCAUCCCGGCUCUCGGAUUUCUUGGGAAAGGGCGAGGGCCCAAUAAGACACCUGUGGCUGCCAUCUGUCUGACCAGCUUGAUCUCCAUGGCAUUCAUCUUUGUCGGCCAGGUCAAUGUACUGGCUCCCAUUGUCACCAUCAACUUCAUGCUAACCUACAGUAUAAUUGAUUAUUGCUAUUUCUGUGUGGUGAAAACCCAUGAGCUGCAGGUUCAGCAAAGGACGACGCUGAUCAGGAGGUCAAGCUCCAGAAGAUCACUGGUGUCCAGCACUCACCCCCAUUACGGCAGCAGUGGAGCCAUCAGUGAACCUGUGAACGGCACACUGCUGGAGUUCACCAAAGACAUGGACCAAAUAUUUCCAUCGCCCAGCAUGGACACCGCUGAUCAACAGAGAGUUUCUCUUCCUGCCUCCAAGACCCGGGGCAGGAAGUCAAAGAUUCCAGCUAAAGAAACGCUGAUGAACAGUUUUGGGUUGGACUUGAACAGCUAUGGAGAAUUAGAUAAAGGAAAAGAUGAGAGGGAACUGGAACAAACUAUUGGUUUAGAUGAUGAUACCAGCAGCCAGAUAGGACUGAUGGAGUUUGACCUUACAACAGAAGCCAAGAGGAAACAGUCUUUGCCUAAUUCUGGCCCAGUUGAACAGCUCCCAAGAGAACAGAUAGACAGAAAUGGUUCAGAAACAAAUCUUGAAGAAUCAGAAAUAAGAUCAAUCCAGGGUUCGGUCUAUGCCAGAUUUUGCAACCACUGGGUUUCGUUAGUUGGUGCAUUGUGCUCCUUUAUGAUAAUGUUCGUUAUCCAGUGGAUGUACGCCUUGAUUAACAUUACAGUCGCCCUUAUCCUCUUUCUCUACAUUGGAACAACAAGCCCAGGUUUGCCAACAGGUGCAGCAGCUCGCUUCAGUUUCUUCAGGUGGCUCAAGACCUCGCUGCAGAAUUUGGGGAGGCAAGAUGGGGCCCUUCAGGACCAGAUUGUGGUGACACCCUCUUUGUCAGCUGUUGGCAUGGAAACCAGGCAGCUAACAGAGGAAAAUGCAGACUUUGCCUUCCGUGAUCGUUACCAUCACUCCUCCUUUAUCACCACCACAGACAAGAUUGUCCAUCCUCAGUCCAACUGAGCAUGUAACAACUGUGCCCUGCUAACCAGCUGGACUGCAAAAAGUGAACACAUGGGACUAAAUCAUCACUCACUUGAAAUAUAUAGGCUAUUUUAUUUACUGCAUUUGUCAGGUAGUACUUGGAGGACGGAGCUUUAUUUUCUGGAAAAUCUGAAGGAAACUAAUAAUGUUUAUCUGAAAAAUCGGGAAUGUGCAAUCAGAGUCAUGCAUUGUGAAUUAAUUUGCCGUGAAGAUCUUCUCUGCUGAAAUGCUUGUAUAAGGUUUAAUAUGCACCGUGGGCAUUUCAUUUUCAGAUUAUAAGUAAAUUUUGUCUUUUAUUUUUUAUUGAGCUCACUGAGGUCACAACACUCAGAAGUGUCAUGACCAUUCAAACUAGAACGUGCCCCCUUUCAACUUCCUGGCCUAGUUAAUUCUUUAUAAAUUAAUUUUGAACUACCAAAUAAUUUAUUUUUGAUUAUUGAAAUGCGAAAUUAAUAUAGCCUUGGUUUAAUAUGCAAACCUAUUUGCAUGCUGCAUGUCUGUUUACAUGGCAGUCAAGUUGCAGCUUCUGCAGAUCAGUUGCACUAAACAGAAGAUCUGUCUUCUCUGCUUACCUUCAUGUUCAUGCACCAAACUCAUUAGACUUUUUUUUUUUUCUCAGAGGAACAAAAGUGAUUUAGCAUGAGAAUCAAAAUCUGUUAUUUCCAUACUGUGAAACUACAUGGUAAUCUGUCAAUCCCGAACUCUAAUUGAUUGUAUGCAAGGUUGGGAUUUGAGCCCAGGUCCCCUUGCUUUCUAAAAGAAGUCUACCAUGACAGUAAAGUGCAAUUCACAUUAAAAAU